AUGUUAAUUAUAAAAAUGAAAGAAAAAAUAUUAGGAAUUAUAAAUUGUGUAAAAUUUGAUAAGUCUAACAAUAUGUGGAGGAUGAGAUAUUAUUUUUAUAAUUUGAGGGUUAAAAGAAAUUUUGUUUUUUUCACAAAAAAUUAUAAAAAUAUAAUUUUAAAUAGUGAUAAAAAAAAUAUAUAUCAUUUUUAUUAUAGUAAUAAAAUAAAUAAGGAAAGAAAUGAAUUAGAAAUAAACCCUGAUAAAGAUAAUAAAAAUAUAGAAAAAAGAGAUAAUGAAUUAAAAAAAAAAAAUGAAAUAAAAUUCAAAAGUGGAAAAAGUUGUUUUUUAGGAAUAACUUGUUUUAUUAUAUCAUUAUUUUUUUAUUGUACUCUUCAAAAAGUUCCAGAAGGUUAUAUAUGUUUAUUAGAAAAUAAAAAAGAUAAAACAGUUUUGCCAUAUAUAUAUGAUGAUUUAAUGACAUUUUUUUUUAACCCUAUAAAAUAUAAUGUUAUAUUUAUAAGAAUUAUUCCUAUUCAUAAAAAAUAUACAAAUAUAUAUGAAACAUAUGAUAAAAAAAAAGUUCAAGUUAAAUUAAAAAUCAAACUUAAACCCAAAAUUCCAUUCAUUCGAGAAAUUUAUAGUUCUUUUGGUGUAAAUUAUAGUACAAAUUUUAUAAAAAAAGAAUUAGAUAUUGAUAUAAAAAAUGUUAUAAAAAAUUACAAACUUGAUAGUUUUAUAAUUUCAAAUAAAAAUAAAUCUGAUUCAAUAAAUGAAAUAUCUCCAGAUGAUAUAAUUGAUGAGAUUGUAGAUAGAUUCUAUGACACUUCUAUUUUUCACAAAAUAGUUAUAUUAGAUGUGUUAUUAUCAUUUGAACCCGUAAAUGAAGAAAGCUAA